AUGAAGGAAAAAGGAAAAUAUGAAGACCAUGGCAUAAAAAAACAUAAUAAAACAAUAAAAGAUUAUAAUACUAAAAAAAAUAAAAAUAAAGAGAAAAAAAAAUAUGAUAAAGAAAAAUAUUAUAAUUAUGAUAAGGAUUAUUAUAAUGAUCAUACUAAGAAUGAUAGACAUGGAAAUAGAAAUAAGGAUGAUAAAUAUCGACGUUAUAAUAAUGAAAGUGUCUACCAUAGUUCAUCAAGAAAAACUGGUGAUAUAAAAAAUGAUAGUGAUAGUUCCGAUCGCUAUUUAAAAAAUAAAAAAAAACAUUCCAGAAGAUCAAAUUCUUCUUCGACCGAAAAUGAUUAUAAAAAUGAUAAAGAUAAUAAGAGUAAAUUGAAAAAAUUAGGAUAUUCAUAUAAUUCAUUUGAUUAUUUUAAUGAGAGUAUUGAAAAAAAUAAACUAUCUCAUAAAUAUAUUGUUGAAGAAAAACUAAAAUAUGAAAAGGAUGUAUUUGAAAAGGCUUAUGGGUUAUCUUUACAGAGUGAUGCACAUUUUGAUAGUUUUUUAUUUGACAUAAAAAGUGAUGAAAAAAGUAAAAAUAAAAAUACUGGACAAGCAUCAAUGCAAUAUGAAUGCUAUAGUUGCAAAGCAAAAAAUUAUUACUCAAAUGUUCAAUGCUAUAAAUGUAAAAAGUUACGAAAAAAUUAA